AUAAUCCAUCAGUUUUGUUUGAAAUUUCAACUCAAGAACAGCAAAAUGUGGAAAUCUGUGGCGAUUUGUUUUUUCGUCGUCACCUUGGUCCAAAUCCAUGCAAAUUUGGAUUUUAAAGCGAUUGAUAAGCAGCAAUUCGAUAAGAUUGUCGAAAAAUGCAAGAUCGACUUUAACAUGACGGAGGAUUUGGACAUCACGGAAACGAAUGAGCUGCAAAAAGCGAACGACACAAGCGAAGAAUUCCAGAAUGUCCAGUGUUACGUUCAUUGUAUCGUGAAUGAGGCCUUUCCGGAACAUUUGCGCGAUAAUGGAAGUUUUAUACCGGAAAAAGUUGGUUUUGAUCCGAAUGCAAAGGAAAAUGAGGAUAUCAUGCAAUGCUUCCGAGAAGAAGGAAAAGAUGUGUGUGAAACCACUUUCAAGCAGUUUAUCUGUUCCUUUGGCCUGAUUUUGGUGAAAACCAUUCAAAAGUUCUUGGAAGACUUGGCCAAAGGUCUCGAAGAAUUGGCUCAAAAGACUCCAACACAAUAAUUGAUGUUUUAUUUAGUCACAAAUAGAAUUUGGGAAAUAAAAGAAUUUUCACAACAGUUCAA